CAAAUUCAAUGCAUGAUUGAUCAAAAAUCACGUUGACGAUAUAAAUAUCGACCAGUUCUCACAUCAUGUUGGUCGCUCGUGAUCAAGGUACCGUGUUCGGCCCGCUAUGGACGAGAACAUCUUAAAAGGCUUAGACUUAAAUUGAGGACUGUGAAAGGUGCCUGUUCCAGCGAACGUAAAAAGCCUGUUUUGCAAGAGCAUUUAGCCGUGUAAUAACUUCCACAGAUUUCGGCGCGGAGAUUCCUGAAACCUCGGCAGAAAAGGUCUUCCAUGUUUUGGUAUGCUUCCUGUAGUUGUAGCUGUUGUCUUGUUCGGGCAUUUUAUAAGCUCAUCAUCGAUCGAAACAGGUGAGAAUGAUAUGCAAUUUAUUUUGAUAUCGUGUGGUUAGUGAGUUGAUUGGCGUUUAUGCGCCUCGUUUAGUAAGUUAUUUUUUUUGAUCGACCCUGAUCUAGGUACAUAGUUACGUCAUACGGGCAACUUGUAGAGCGGUCGAGUUUCUUGAGACCCGAAAUAGGACAGCUUUUCUUAUCUUUUACUUAUUAUGCAAAUUGUAGCCUUCAGAUGCAGCGGUAGGAGCUGUAGACAAAACAGCUUUGCUGUUCUGUUGAUAAAAUAUAUCAGCUGAAAAUAAAAAAAAAUAAUUAUAACUGUUUUAAUUUUCAGUUGUUUGAACGUCGGAAAAUCUCGCCAUUUCUGAACACAGGAUUUAUGCCAAAGAAAUCAUCCUAAACUGAAAACAAAAGAACAGGAAGAAAAUUUCUGCGCGUAAGACAGCUGUUUUGUCGGCUGUUUAUCUUGAGUUUUAAUAUUAUGCCCAGCGGGAGGGUUAAAAUAAUUAGAAAGACAUUGUAUUGACUGUAUUCUCUUCAGGGGCACCCAACGACUGUUUUCUGUAAAAUACCUACGAUUUUCUAAAGUAUAAUUUUUCACAUUUCACUCCACACGUUAUUAUAUUUUUCGUAGAAAAAAGGCAACUUAAAAUUUUCGGAUUCAAAAGUGUGAUGGAGAAAGGAAUCAGUAAAAUUCUUACUUUCGUAAUACUCUAAAUUGCAACUAAAAUUUUUGGGGAAAUAAUACUGGAGCCCUUGUAAUUCGAGAAGACUCAAGUUCCCCUAGCCGAUGACCGAACAGGUACACACUUUAUCACUUUAUAGAGCCACUUUAUGCAUAUCUAGAGAUCUUAAAGUACUACUCUGGAUAGCCUAAAAAGUGUUUUCAAUGUAUUGAGGAGGAAACCGUCGUUGCGUACCUCUGUCUCAUUGCCGCUUUUCAGAACGUGAUUUAGUCAAGCAGACCAAGAUAGCCCUGUCAGCUAUAAAAAAUAUUUCGUCUUGUGACCAUGACUUACAGCAUAAUAAAAUCAGUUUUUAGAGGGCCCUCAGACUUUAAACUAAAAAAACAGCGUUUUUCAUAAGGUCGACUUGUUUAACCCCCCCGGGGGGGGGGGAGGUACUGCCAUAUGUGGGCUAUAUAGGUAUAUGCCGCUGUGAAGGGUAUGGUUUUCAAGCCGUUUACUCUUGGAUAGGGUAUAUAAAUCAGAGGGUUUGGGUCUAGAAUAGGGUAUCAUUUUUCAGGAAACUGUUCCGUUGGUUGAAGAUUUUAUCUAGACUAGGGAUUGUGGUAGAAGGUUUUGUUUUGUAACAGCUCGGUGAUAAGUGGAGAGGGGUGCGUGGUUUACAGUAGGUUCGAGCGUUAAAAAUCCUUUCGAUUCAUUUUGACAAAAUUCUGUGCCCAAGUGGCACGAGGUAUUUCGUCCUAACUUCAAGUCCUCUCGUUUCUUAAAUAAAUGCUAGCUCUACGUACCACUAGGUGCUAUUUUAAAGCAUGAUUUUAAAGCAGCAACUGUCGGGAUUUCCUUGACCUUAUGACUAUUGAUAUGGCUCCUAACUAAUAAUAGUACGGUGCCCCUUACGUGACAUCUACUUGAGCAGACGCCUUAUGAAUCAGUAAUAUUUUUAUAAUUUGUGUAUCAUUUUCGCUUUUCAAUGUUAGGAGUGCGCUGGUGCUGCAUCUCGAAGCUAGAGAUGGUCAAAUGUCAACAUUUGAUGAAUGUGACGUUACAGGUGACCUCACUUGCAAGUUUAACGUGUGUGAAUGGAGGUAGUCUGGAAAACUGCAUGAAGAUGAUUGCUAACGGUAGUGCUGACGUCAUAACUCUAGGAGAUGAGCACAUUUAUCAGGCUGGUAUGUUACGUGCCUCUCUUUAAUUUAAACCGCAACUCAAUCAUUCAGGAUUCUGUGCUCGACAUAGCGAGAGUCCGUUUAAACGUGACGUAAUAUACUAACGGGGGCCACCGCCAAGGGGGCAAGGUGGUCGUAGCCUUUUAUUCGUCAGCACCUGAACGUGAUACUGCAGUCCCUUGUUUUCUUCAAGUGAUAGCAGAGCGAACGAAAUACUCAAGCGCGCGUAAAAAGCACCACUCACAAGGGUAUGAUAAGAUGUACGUUGUGGUUAAAUUUCAUUUUCUUAUGUUUGAAACUUAUUAUCAUACAUAAGAGAGGAUAUCAUACAUUAUCAUACCCAAAAAAACAAAAGAAAAAAAUUCAACCUGAGACAAAAUUGAACCACAACGUAAAUUAUACACUAAGGCUCGCGUAUUUCGUUUUCUCAAAUUUAUCUCCGGGGAAAGUCGUGGACAACUCGUAGUCUGCCGAUCUUGUAAAACAAUUAUUUUCCAUAUAAGGACCACUUGCACUGAAGUUUCAGCAAUUCAAUACAAUGCCCUACCCCGGUUAGUUUACCAUUUGAAAUAUGUACACUGCGUAGGAUUCAGAGUCUGUGCUCACAUUGUGGUUCGCUCCUCUGUAAAAUGUUCUGAAAUGGGUGUAGCAUUUAUGGAGCUGAAUCCAGUGAUAGAAUUACAAUCCCCUUUUAUAAAACUAUUCAAGCUAAAUUCGCCCAUAGGCUAGUAAAGAACGCCACUUACAAUAGAAAACUUAAUUCUUUCCUCAUUCCCUUUGAUCAGAUUUCCAAUUUCCUUUAGCAUUCUGCUUUACUCCGACAGGGUCUCAACACGGUCUUGCACCAAUAGUGGCAGAAGACUACGGCAAUCAUGAAGAUGGUCUUAGCAGUUAUGCCGUAGCUCUUAUAAAGAGUAACCUUUCCAAAGAAAUUUCUCUGGCGACAUUGGAGAGGAGCAGAACAUGUCAUCCUUCUGCAGGGGACUCGGUCGGGUGGACAGCUCCUGUUGGGUAUUUGAUUGGUCAUGGAAUGAUGACGUCAAAAGAUUGCAAUCCAUAUGUAUCUUCUGGGCAAUUUUUUCAGAAAAGCUGUGUUCCAGGUAUGUUGUUAGUAUCUUUUACUAUAGUAUUACAGUGGUAGGUAGUAUAGUGUACACGUCUUUCUUACCUGUACUGUCUUUUCCUUUUUCUCAACUUACUUCUGGCAACAAAAACUACCCGCUUCGAUCGAAAAAAAUUAACACGACUACAUAGAACACUGCAAUAUGUCGAAAGUACCCAGUGUCUCUUCGUUCCAUUCUAGAUACUCUUAGUGGGUGAACGUUACCGAAAUUUGCGUUUUCCUAACUUUUUCAACAUUUUUUUAUGUAUUCAUGUCAUUAUUUGCGAGGUUAACAGAAAAGAAACAACUUGAAUCCCGAUAACGGGUUGCUCAAACAGUAAAUGGUAGAAGCUCCAUUCAGGGGACACCCUUGGGGCUAAGGUAAGUAUCCCCUGAAUAGGCGUGUCCCCUGAAUAGAGGUUGGGCUGGGGUUUUUAAUUAAUUAACCAACAAAUAAAAUAUUCUCCCGCGGAAUCUACUGCACUCAUAAUUCAGUAAAGAAGCUGGAUAAUGUUUUAAAAAAUCGUGAUAUUAUCUCUGAGAUGUUACGUGUUAAAUUCCCGCUAGUGCAGUACAUCGAUUUAAGUGAGAUAGAUCAUGUUUUGAAAGCUGUCGCCAUUGUGACUCAUGAACGCAAUUUUUGUUUGAGUGCUACGGUGUGCCCUGACUGGAGGUUAACCUGGGAUUCGGGACCCAGGAAGAGUGUCCCUUUAAUAAAGGAAACAAAUACAAAGAUUAUGUGAACAUUUUUUCCCGGUCAAGUUUUGUAUCCUAUGAAUGGCGGUGUCCCAGAGGAGAGGUUCCACUGUAUUACUGUUUUCUCGCUAUCCACAAAUAGCAAAAGCUAGUCUAGGUGGGAAGGUGAUGUCAUACUCAACAUGUUAACAGUCCAUCAAACAAACAAUUACUUAAGUUUGUCGAUAAACCCAACUUAUAUGUAUUGCCUUCAGUAUAAAUUCAAUUCCGGGAAUAGGAAGAGAGAUGGUGUGAGAGCAGCUUCCACCAAUGCGGCCUAGGUUCGAGUCCCGGCGUUGACGCCACAUGCAAUGUUGUUUGAACAGGAGGUUGAAUUUUUCUCUGUUAGCAGAUGUUUUUCUUCGGAUAUACCUAAUUGUAAUAACGUUGUCUAAGAAAAAUGAAAAAAAGAAAAAGCCAAAUAGGAAUUAAUUAGGCUAAUAAGCCUAGUGAAUUCAUUUGCAGCAUCCGCACAUGGACGUCGUGUUUGCCUGUUGGAAUUUGCUAUUGUUUUAAAGCUGAAAAACAAAAAAAUUCCAGCGGGGAAAUGCAGCAGCUGCAAAUGAAUCUACCCUGAGAAUAUGGCUUAAUUAGCGUAAUUAUUUGGCUUUUUCCUUUUUUUUUCAUUUUUCUACGACAACGUUAUUGCAAUUAGGUGUAUCUCGGUUUUCCCCUCUCCUCAAAACCUCUCUUUUUGGCGCGAAGCGAAGUUCCACACACAGCCAGCCCGGAAGCAACGAAGCCAGAAUAGGGACAAAACGUACGAAGCCUACUACAGGAAAUACUUUAAAAAUACUUAUGAUGAGAUCCACAAAGUAUCUAAGAACGACGAGGUUCGCCAAGUUUACGUUAUAUGGGCAGUCGAUUACGACAAGGAAAUUAGUGCAGCCGGUGCAUUCUUCCACAAGCCACUCGCCGAGUGCUUGGAUACUGCCGUGAAUCUAGUUUUUCUCAACUUGAAGAAAACCGACAGCUUAAAAUCCUGGAUGCUGGAGCUGGAACCGAGCAUAUCGGAAUCGAGCUUCUUAAACUCGGUUACACUGACACCCACGUUCUCGAUAUCUCGCAAGUGAUGCUGAAUAUAGCUCAAACGGAGAAAGACGUUCCGUACAGGAGGUUUAUCUGCUUCUCUGACAGAAAAAACAGUUUCAAUGUGUACAUAGUCUUAAAUAGCAAAACUGGACCGUUAUUUUUUAAUUCGAUUGAUGCUGCGAAAGAAGACACAUUUUAGCUUUUUUAAAAGACAACGAAUUCCGUGAUAUAUAAGCCCUUUUAAGAGCAAGAUUGUUUUGAGGACUUAUGUUUUCUUGGGCUUUCAAGAAACACGAAAAUAAACCAGCCACACGCACAACCUAUAAUCCCUCUACGAAAGGGCUGGCGCUCGAAACGUCAUCUUUCGAAACUGUUUAUAGGCCUUUAUAGGCCACGAUGGUGAAUUGAGUAUAUUAUUAAACUCAGUUGAUAAAGCAAACCUCAUACAUAGCAUUCGGAGUAAAGGGCUACCGACAUUGCAAAAAGCUAAGUCGAAUUUUUCAAAUCCCCAGGGGCUCUAUCCAGGAAGUACAAUCCAGAAGGUAGCAAUCCCAGCAAACUAUGCGGGAUUUGCUCCAAUCAGAAAACUUGCCCACGAAACGCCUCGGAAAGGUAUUAUGGGUAUCAUGGAGCAUACCGCUGCCUGACAGAAGGCGCAGGAGAUGUUGCGUUUGUCAGCCAUCUGAGUGUAUUUGACUUCACAGGGCUGGAAAAUGACCUUAAUCCAGGAGAAGACUUUGGUCUACUCUGCCCCGAUGGUAAUCGUAAAGGUAAAGUAAAAGUGAAUUAUGUGCGUGGCGAAAUGGCCAGCGUAGUUUCCAUUUUUGUGUGGCCAGCUGUCUGUUUUGACCUUGCCCUUGUAUUUGUGAAAACUGGCAAAAAUUAGAAAAAGCUUUAGAAAGAAUGGUUUGACUUGCGUCUCUUUUAGAAUGAGCUGAGAAUCAUUGAGGAUGUGAGUUGUCAUCUGGUUCACCUAAAGCCUUAACACAUAGCAUAAGAGUCAACGUAAGAGUUUGGCUCCCGUCUAAGCCUCUUUUUCUUUUCGUAAUUAAUUUUUACUCUCUCCGUUUCGUUUAUUGCAGAUGUCGGCAACUUCCAGACAUGCAACCUUGCAAGAAUCCCUUCCAGGGUUAUCAUGGGAAGGCCCGAUGGGGACGAGAUGAAGAGUAUUAAGCAAAAGCUUCUUCACCUUCAAGAAUUUCUCCUGUUAAAACCAGAUUUAUUCCAGUUAUUUAAUUCAUCUGCGUAUGGAAGCAAAGACUUACUCCUCAAGGACUCCACGGUCAAACUUAUAGACGUAAAAGAAAAGAAUUCAACCGAGGCAUGGCUCGGCGAAAAGUACUUCAAAGCGCUUAAAACCCUGCGCUCUUGCCAAACUGUGGCUGCCGCUGCAAGAUCUUUUGGGGAAACAUUGAAAACUUGGAAGGUUGGGCAGUUACUUUGCUUUUAUUUAGUCUUAUUUUUUUCCCUGUCUUCGAUGUGCUUAGUACAAUGA